CCUCACCUUGUGAUCCCACAUUUAUACUGGGCUGUGCUCCCUGCAAUGUGAUCUGCUCCAUUAUUUUCCAGAAUCGUUUUGAUUAUAAAGAUGAAGAUUUUCUUAACUUGUUAGAAAAAUUUAAUGAAAAUACCAUGAUUCUGAGCUCCCCAUGGAUUCAGAUUUGCAACACUUUUCCUGCUGUCAUUGAUUAUUUGCCAGGGAUUCAUAACAAAGUUCUUAAAAAUGUGGAAUCUAUAAGAAGUUAUGUUUUGAAAAAGGUAAAAGAACACCAAGAAUCUCUGGACGUUAAUAACCCUCAGGACUUUAUUGAUUGUUUCCUGAUAAAAAUUAAGCAGGAAAAGCACAGCCAGCAAUCUGAAUUUAUUAUUGAAAACUUGGUAAACACUGUAAAUGAUUUGUUCGGAGCUGGGACGGAGACAACAAGCACAACCCUGAGAUAUGCUCUCCUGCUUCUGCUGAAACACCCUGAAGUGGCAGCUAAAGUCCGGAAAGAGAUUGACCACGUGAUUGGCAGAGACCGGAGUCCCUGCAUGCAGGACAGGAGCCACAUGCCCUACACGGAUGCUGUGAUUCAUGAGGUCCAGAGAUACAUUGACCUUAUCCCCACCAACCUGCCCCAUGCAGUGACCCGAGACAUUAAAUUCAGGAACUACCUCAUCCCCAAG